ACCAUCAGCCGCAGAUAUCACGCAGACAUAGGCCCAAGUGAAGGUUUUGUGUCGGAAUGGCGUGAGUUUCAAAUGGAACCGUUUGCACAUACUGUGGUGGUUUAUUAGUUUCAGGAAAAUGCACGAUAUGUGGCGGAAAUCACAGCUUCAUACAUGCAGGACCAGAGAGAGUGAAACAAAUAGUUUUUGUUAACGUGUGCGUGUCUGCGUCUGGCGUGUGGCGCUGUUGAUUGGGAUGUUUGGGGGAGGUUUGAUAAAUGACUUAAUUGCGUGUAGUCCGAACUUGGACGGAGGAGGUGGGAGGAAGAGGAGAGGAGAGGAGAAAAUGAGUGGCUUUAACAGUGCUGAGAACGAUAAGUGGACUUGGGCAAGAUUUGGAAAGAGCGUGGAAGGGGGGUGGCUCUACUCGUCACUGAUCUUAGGGAGAUUUGCAGGCGCAUAAGUGCGCAUGAGGAGAAGAAGUGGGAUGUGGAGGGGCUCUCGUACAGGGAAGAAAGAUUUAUGAAAUGAUAGGUGGUCUAGCUUUAUUUGGCUGGACUGUAGCGCGCAAUAGGUCGAGGGAUUUUAGUGUUUCCUCCACUUGAGGGAUUAUUAAAGCGGUCGAUGGCCACCCGGCGCGCCACGCAGCACCACUUAGCGCCGCUGUGACACUCAGUUGAGCCCCUGUGUCGUGCAGCCCUGGACACUCCGUCUCCAGUGAAUAACCAGCUCCCCCCCCCCCCCCCCUCCUUCUCUUUUCCUCUUCCUCUCUCUGUCAGUGCGUACUCGCCGUGCGUUCUGCAUGCGUCAAGGAAGCAUCGUGCGUAACGGGAGAGUCGUGCGUAACGGGAGACAUAUUUCACUCCAUUUUGCACUGGGAUUCUGAGGACCACUGGCGGUGUAACGCUCACUUGCAAGGACACUGACCGCUGGAUCACAAUAUAUUUUUUCUUUAAAACAUCUCAGCUCGUGCUUUCGCCCUCCCUCUCUUCAAUCUACGCCAGUCGUACGUCAGAGCUGACAUGACGACCGAGACCCCUCAGCAGCAGCUGGACCCUCCGCCUCCUCUGAGAUCCAGCCCGGCGUCCAGCGCCCUGCACCCCGCCAUGCUGAGCCCACAGGCCGCCACAGAAAGUUCGUCGACGGCCAUUAAAGGAAAGAAGACGACCUCCGGUUUACGGCGACCGGAAAAGCCGCCGUACUCCUACAUCGCUCUCAUCGUUAUGGCAAUACAGAGCUCCCCCACCAAACGACUGACACUCAGUGAGAUCUACCAGUUCCUCCAGGCUCGCUUCCCGUUCUUCAGGGGCUCAUAUCAGGGCUGGAAGAACUCCGUCCGGCAUAAUCUUUCGCUGAACGAGUGCUUCAUCAAGCUGCCCAAAGGGCUGGGCAGGCCGGGGAAAGGCCACUACUGGACCAUCGAUCCGGGCAGUGAGUUUAUGUUUGAGGAAGGCUCGUUUCGUCGCAGACCCAGAGGCUUCAGAAGGAAAUGUCAAGCUCUGAAGCCCAUGUAUCGGAUGAUGAACGGCAUUGGCUUCGGCACCUCCAUCCUCCCGCAGAGUUUUGACUUUCAAGCUCCAUCCGCCACUCUGGCCUGUCACGGCAACAGCUACAACUUGGACAUGAUGAGUAAUUCAAUGGCCGGAGGGUACGACGGGCUGAGCGGCAGUCACCACGUACCCCACAUGUCUCCGAGCCCCGGUUCCACGUACAUGGCGAGCUGUCCUGUGCCGUCGAACGGGGACUACGGACCGGACAGCAGCAGCAGCCCCGUACCGUCCUCUCCAGCCAUGGCCAGCGCGCUGGACGGCCACUCCCCGUACGCCAGUACAUCCGCACACUGGGCGUCCUCCGGCGGCUCCCCCUACAUCAAACAACAGCCUCUAAACUCCAGCAGCCCCGCAUCCUCCGGUUUACACUCCGGCAUGUCACCUUAUUCCCUGGAGCAGAGCUAUCUUCACCAGAACGGCAGGGACAGCCACAGCAGCGACAUAUCAGUGGGGAUUCCACGCUACCAGAGCCACUGCGACCGGAAAGAUUUCGUGUUAAACUUCAACGGCAUCUCGUCCUACCACCCCUCGGCCGGCGGAUCCUACUACCACCACCACCACCACCACCACCCCCAGAGCGUCUGUCAGGACAUCAAGCCGUGCGUGAUGUGAGCUGCGUCCCGUUACCGUGCGUGCGCGUCACGAGAGAACGAACCAAGCGGACAUUUUGGAUGUAUCGUGGCGUCCGCGAUCACACGUUUGCCUCCGACGUGCAGCCAAAGUAGCUUUCUUGGUUGGACUUGAGAAAACUAUGCAUUGAAGGAAAUGAAUGAAGAAACCCCCAGAGGCCUUUUGAAUAAAAUGUUUUUUUUCCAAAACACUCAACCAAUAUUGAACCCCGACAAGCGUUUUCUUCAAAAGAAGCUUCAGAAACACGACUUUUAAUGUGUUUGCUCUUGUAACACGUGCAAACUAAUUAUAUUCUCUGUAACUAUGUUCUAUCCUAUUAGAGUAACUACACUUUGCACUUACUGUAUAACCCUUUGCCAACUUGUUGUCCUGUUAAAGGUUUUAAUAAAGCUGAUAUAUAUUUUUAGGCUA